UCUACUUUACAUCAUCUCAAGUAAGCAAGUCUUUUCAUGAGUCUUACAAAUCUCUAGUAUCUUCUAUGAUUUUAGAUAAAUCUGAUGCAAAAGAAAUGUAUUUGGAUAAAUUAAAUAUAGAAGUAAUAUAUUUGGAUGAAUCAGAUAUAGAAGAUAAAUCAGAUAUAGAGGAUGAAUCAGAUAUAGAAAAUGAAUCUGAUAUAGAGGAUAAAUCUGAUCAAAUAAAAUUAUCAGAAGUUAGAAAAAAGUGA